AUGAAAUUAAAUAAUGAGACUGUUACCAUAGAACUCAAGAAUGGUACUAUAGUACAUGGAACUAUUACAGGUGUAGAUAUGAGUAUGAAUAUACACCUUAAAACUGUUAAAAUGACAGUAAAAAAUAAAGAUCCGGUUAAUUUAGACUCUUUAAGUAUUAGAGGCAACACUAUUAGAUAUUUCAUUUUACCUGAUUCUCUUCCGUUAGAUACAUUGCUGGUUGAUGAUGCUCCAAAAGCUAAAGCCAAAAAGAAAGAGGUCAACAGACCAAGUAAGGUUCGUGGUUCUAUGUGUUCUAGAAUUAAAGAAUCAAUUUAUAAGGUUUUACAAACAUAG